UAUUUACUUUCACAGAAAGAUUAGAAGAAAAUAUUCAUGGGGUCUGCACCAGAGCAAGAGCACCCAAACAAGGCCUUUGGAUGGGCCGCCAGGGAUUCGUCUGGUGUUCUCUCUCCCUUCAAUUUCUCCAGGAGAGCCACCGGAGCGACGGACGUGACAUUCAAAGUGUUGUAUUGUGGGAUAUGCCACACAGAUCUUCACAUGAUAAAAAACGAAUGGAAAAACGCUAAGUAUCCUCUUGUUCCCGGGCAUGAGAUAGUAGGUGAAGUGAUAGAGGUUGGGAGCAAAGUGGAGAAGUUCAAAGUUGGAGACAAAGUGGGCGUCGGAUACAUGGUGGGAUCAUGCCGCUCUUGCGACAACUGUGCCAACAAUCUCGAGAAUUACUGCCCCAAAAUGUUAUCCUCUUGUAAUUCUAUUUACUACGACGGAACCAUCACAUACGGAGGCUACUCCAACUUUAUGGUUGUCGACGAGCACUUCGUCAUCCACAUCCCAGAUGAUUUACCUCUAGAUGCUAGCGCCCCUCUCCUCUGCGCUGGAAUUACUGUUUACAGUCCUCUGAGAUACUAUGGACUUGACAAACCUGGAAUGCAUGUGGGCGUCGUUGGCCUUGGUGGGCUAGGCCAUGUGGCUGUCAAGUUUGCAAAGGCAAUGGGGGUCAAGGUCACCGUCAUAAGCACCUCUCCGAACAAAAAGAACGAAGCUGUCGAACGUCUUGGUGCUGAUUCCUUUUUGGUCAGCCGAAACCCAGAUGAGAUGGAGGCUGCAAUGGGCACAAUGGACGGUAUUAUUGACACAGUAUCCGCCCAUCACCCUGUUCUGCCAUUGAUUGGAUUAUUAAAGACAAAUGGAAAGCUUGUUCUUGUUGGAGCGUCUGAGAAGCUAGAGAUUCCAGAUUUUCCUCUGGUCAUAGGGAGGAAGCUGGUUGGGGGUAGUAUGAUCGGGGGCAUAAAAGAGACGCAAGAAAUGAUCGAUUUUGCGGGAAAGCACAAGGUGACGGCAGACAUUGAGGUGAUAGAUAUAGAGAGCGUGAACACUGCAAUGGAGCGACUUGAGAAAUCAGAUGUUAGAUACCGAUUCGUGAUUGAUGUUGCCAAGACAAUGAAGCCUUCCACCUCUUAAUUAUUUUUAUUUUGAGCAGCA